AUAACUUUGUUUGUUUUGGCAUGCUAAGGUUGAGGGAGUGAAGCACUCAGGACCAACCACAAUGGUUCUCUACUUCACUGGGGCUACAAACAUUCUUUACACCUUUGGGGGCCAUGCUGUGACAGUGGAGAUAAUGCAUGCAAUGUGGAAGCCACAGAAGUUCAAGCUAAUAUACUUGAUAGCAACACUCUAUGUGCUCACACUAACCCUACCAUCAGCAAGUGCCGUUUACUGGGCUUUUGGGGACUUAUUGCUUAACCAUUCCAAUGCUUUGUCUUUGCUCCCAAGGACUGGUUUCAGAGACACUGCUGUCAUCCUCAUGCUCAUUCAUCAGUUCAUAACAUUUGGAUUUGCAUGCACACCAUUGUAUUUUGUGUGGGAGAAGUUCAUAGGAAUGCAUGAGUGCAAGAGUAUGUGCAAGAGGGCUCUUGCUAGGCUUCCUGUGGUCAUCCCUAUUUGGUUCCUUGCUAUAAUCUUCCCUUUCUUUGGUCCUAUCAACUCCACUGUUGGAUCUCUUCUCGUCAGCUUCACUGUCUACAUCAUUCCUACUUUGGCUCACAUGAUCACCUUUGCUUCUCCUUCUGCUAGAGAGAAUGCAGUAGAGAGACCACCAUCAUUCCUAGGAGGUUGGGCAGGCUCAUACUGUGUGAACAUCUUUGUGGUUGUUUGGGUUUUGAUUGUAGGAUUUGGGUUUGGAGGAUGGGCAAGCAUGCUCAACUUCAUUCGUCAAAUUGACAAUUUUGGCCUCUUCACUAAGUGCUAUCAGUGCCCUCACAAGCCUUGACAAGUCUUCCUCCCUAUCUACCAUUACCAACAUCAAAUUCAAGAAUUUGUAAUACAUAUGGAAGUGUGUAAAGAGAUUGCCUUUUGUAACCUUUUUCUUUUUUUCCCUUGAAAGUUGUGUGUCAAUCUUCUUUUUUCCCUAUAUGAUUUUAAUUUCUAAUCAAGCAAGAGAAAUGUUUUCU